UUUUCAUAGUUAUUUUUAUUUAUUUUCAAGUUUCUGAAAUAAUACUUUGAAAACAUUACUUUAUUUACAUUAAAAUAUGAAAAUAUAAUAAUUAGCAGCUAAAAUUUGUAUUGAAGAAGAAACUAGCACCCUGUACCGCUUAUCUAGUAUUACAAAGUGCAAUGUUACCUGGUAUAGGAGUGUUUGGAACAGGAGCAAUAGCAAAAGUUUUAGUUCCAUUUCUGAGAGAGAAAGGAUUCUCUGUUGAAGCAAUAUGGGGGGUCACUUUACAAGAAGCAGAAACAGUGGCAAAGGAGCUUAAAAUUCCAUUCUUCACAAACAAAAUCGAUGACGUUCUAUUGAAGAAAAAUGUCAAUCUCGUUUUCAUUGUUUGUGCUCCAAAUUUACAUGCACAGAUAUCGGUCAAAGCUCUUGGUAUUGGAAAACAUGUAGUCUGUGAUAAACCUGCUGGACUAUGCCAGGCAGAAGCACUGAAGAUGGUUAGAGCAGCUCAGUAUUAUCCUACACUAAUUUCUAUAAUAAAUCAUUCUUUAAGAUUUUUACCUGCCUUCAGUCAAAUGAGGAAGUCCAUCCAAGAUGGCUAUCUCGGUAAUCCUGAUGAGUUGACCUUAAUAGAUGUGAGAGUACAGAUGGGCUCCCUGCUGGGGGACAGUUACAACUGGCUGUGUGAUGACACCAUGGGGGGAGGCACACUCACUCUGGUUGGCAGCCAUGUCAUUGACCUGGUCACAUACCUCACUGGCCAGAAAGUCUCCAGAGUGCAUGGUGUUUUAAAAACAUUUGUUGAAGAAACUCCCAAAGUUAAUGGAAUCAGAAAAGUCACUGCCCCAGAUUUUUGCACAUUCCAACUAGAAAUGGAGAAAGGUUUACUAGUUACUGCCACUUUAAACAAUCAUUUACCUGGCCCAUGUUUCAAUCAGGAGAUUUAUGUUUGUAGCAAGAAAGGAUACUUAGUUGUGAGAGGUGGUGACUUGUAUGGGCGGCUGAAUAGGCCAAACUCAAGUAAGAUCUGCCCAGAAGAAGAUACAAAAAGACCUCAUGAUAAGGAAGAUGUUAUUUAUGUUGACAUUGAAGAUCUGAGUUGUGCAUCUAGUGUAGUGCCAAAGCCAUAUGUGAAGGGUUUGUGCAAGAUGAUCAGUGCACUGAAGGAGGCCUUCCUCCCUGUGAAGGAGCAGAUGGACUGGGUGAAAGAGCCAGUGCUAGCUGCGGCAACAUUUGAAGAUGGUCAAAGAGUACAAGCUACUAUGGAAGCCCUGCGCCAGUCCAGUGAGGAUGGAUGCUGGACGACGGUGCAGCUCCUCACCGAGCCCCCGGACCCAAACCCAGCCUUGUCAGCAGCAGUAAGGCGCACUGCUAUCUCUCUACAGUAGAUUAAAUAACAUGAAAUACAAGUAUUUUAUUAUGCCAUCAUCAUGUGUACCUUUAAGAUUAAGAAUAAUUAAUAAUGUAUUUUUAUGUGGCUUAGGUAUUAUGUUUAUUUUAGGAGCUUAAUUUAUAUCACAUUGCAUUCCAUCAUAUUAUUUUAAUUAUGUAAUACCUGAUUAUUGGUCAGUAAUAAUGUAACUUGCCAUAAAGAUUUUAUAAAAUAUCAACUUUGGUUUCAGAAAUUGUUAAGUACCUAUGUAGAGCUUCAAGUUAAAAUUGUACAAAUUUGAAUAAAUUUACAUAAGAGGCUA